AUGAGACGGGUUACAAAAAAGCUUUUAUUUUUAACAUUCGGUUUGCUUUGUAUUGGACUGUAUUGCGAGUUUCUCAUUUAUUAUGUAGUUGUUGCGCAGUGUAGCUGGCCACAGUUGAAAAAGACUAUAGAUGGAGAAGUACUUCGGGCGUUCGUUCUAGCUGAUACACAUUUGUUGGGGCCCUAUAGAGGACACUGGUUAGAUAAGUUAAGAAGAGAAUGGCAAAUGCAUCAGGCAUUUAAAGCCAUUAUCAAUUUACAUAAGCCAGAUGUUGUUUUUGUUUUAGGUGACCUUUUUGAUGAAGGGGAGUGGACUGAUGAUAACCAGUUCUUAGAAUAUGUUACAAGAUUUCAAAAGCUUUUUGCAGUACCCCCUGAUACCAAGUUUUAUGUAGCUGUUGGUAAUCAUGAUAUUGGCUUCCAUAAUAGGAUAAGAAGAAGAGCAUUUCAAAGAUUCAGUGAACAGCUAAAUGCCCCCUCUGUGCAACACAUAGUUUUAAAAAACAAUCAUUUUGUUCUCAUUAAUUCUAUGGCAAUGGAGGGAGAUUCUUGUGAUAUGUGUACAGAAGCUAGAAGACAGAUUUCAGCAGUUUCAGAUAAAUUGUUAAAAUGCUCUCAGAACUCUACUUGUGUGGACCGUGGAAGGGUAUUUAAUUAUUCCCAACCAAUUUUAAUGCAGCAUUUUCCCCUCUAUAGAGUAUCAGAUUCGAUUUGUACUGAACCUGACGCACCUCCUUUACCAGAAAGAAAUAAACCGUUUAGGCUAAAAAUUGAUGCUCUAUCAAAUGAAGCAACUAAAUUUCUCAUUAAUAAACUCAACCCGAGAGCUGUCUUUGGAGGUCAUACUCAUCAUGGGUGUCUAGUAACACAUACCCAUGGAAGUGAGAAAUUUUUGGAAUACUCGGUACCAUCGUUCUCUUGGCGAAAUAGACUAGAUCCAAAGUACUUACUGGUAUCUAUAUCCCCAAAUGAAUAUUCCGUGAUCAAAUGUGGGCUUCCAAAGGAAAUAACGAUGAUAGCGACGGCUGUGAUAAUGUCUUUAGUAUUAAUUUUACUUAUAUUUACUACAAGGGCUAUAGGGAGGUAA